UUUUUUAAAAUAAGAUUUCCUGUAUUAAUGCCAAGAAUGUUUCCCAUAACAUUUUUAAAUUAUUUUUAUCUUUAUUAUAGAAUAUUUCUUCCAUGACUUUUUUUCUUAGUAUAAUAAAUUAAAAUCUUUUUGUUAAAACAAAUCCCUUGUAUUAGUUUAAGUAUGGGAGGUUUGGAGAGUUCUUGUUUUAGAGUGAUUAGAUCUGAAAAAGAUAAAUGAAAUUAAAUAUCAUGGUUUUUAAAUGGGAGCUGGUAGGAGAAGAGUAAAGACUUUUUACUGAGCUUUCCAUGCACUAUACUGUAGUCAACCUAGAAUACUAACCAGGAUAUACUGAUGGAUUCUUAAUCCUAUUAAGAUGGAUUUUUUAGACGUAAUCGGACUAUGUGCCCACAUAUAGUAGUUGUAUCUUAAAGGAAGAGUGGAUAAGAGGGAGAAAAUAGUUACAUGUACUGUGAGUAGAAUUUCUUAGCCCUCCUUACAGCCUUGAAAAAAUGACAGAUCUCGUAGCUGUUUGGGAUGUUGCUUUAAGUGACGGAGUCCACAAGAUUGAAUUUGAACAUGGGACUACAUCAGGCAAACGAGUAGUAUAUGUAGAUGGGAAGGAAGAGAUAAGAAAAGAAUGGAUGUUCAAAUUAGUGGGCAAAGAGACAUUCUAUGUUGGAGCUGCAAAGACAAAAGCAACCAUAAAUAUAGAUGCUAUCAGUGGUUUUGCUUAUGAAUAUACUCUGGAAAUUAAUGGGAGAAGUCUCAAGAAGUAUAUGGAGAACAGAUCAAAAACCACCAAUACUUGGGUAUUACACAUGGACGGUGAGAACUUUAGAGUUGUUUUGGAAAAAGACACUAUGGACGUAUGGUGCAAUGGUAAAAAAAUGGAGACAGCAGGUGAGUUUGUAGAUGAUGGGACUGAAACUCACUUCAGUAUCGGGAACCACGACUGUUACAUAAAGGCUGUCAGUAGUGGGAAGCGGAAAGAAGGGAUUAUUCAUACACUCAUUGUGGAUAAUAGAGAAAUCCCAGAGAUUGCAAGUUAAUGAAUUUUAAUCUUAAGAAGAAAUGAUCAGGACUUUUUAAUUACUGUGGUAAUUAAAUGUGAUCAGUAUGUACUUACUAGUACAUUUAGUCUGCAAUGUUUUUAUUUUUUUAAAAGUUACAUGAAACUGUAACAUUCCAAGGGUCAGGAAAAAAAUCAAUUAGGUACAGUCAUAAAAAUUACAAUUUAUGAUGCAAAUAAUGUAAAAUGUUUUAAAGACAAAUGGAAAUUAAGAUAUGGACCAAAGUCACUGAUGUUUUACAAAAGUAACCUUUACUAUAAUAAAUACU